AUGAUCUGGAGGACGAGAUGAGGAAGCUGACUGGGGAUCAAAACUUCUAACGUUGAUUUCAUUUCCUAAGUGAAUUCUUGUUUGGCUUCUGAUUACAGUUUGGAGUCAGAAAUGGACGAUGGUGGACAUCGAGAGAAUGGAAGGCACAAAACAGAUCACUAUAAGUCAGCUCAGGGCCAGUGGAUGAUGCAGCAUCAGCCAUCAAUGAAGCAGAUAAUGACGAUUAUGGCUGAAAGAGAUGCAGCCAUUCAAGAGAGGAAUUUAGCCCUUUCAGAGAAAAAGGCAGCAUUAGCAGAGCGAGACAUGGCUUUUCUACAGCGAGAUGCUGCAAUUGCAGAGAGGAACAACGCCCUAUUGGAAAGAGACAAUGCCAUUGCAACCCUUCAGUAUCGUGAUAACUCCCUACCAAAUAACAGUUUAUCAUGUCCACCAGGAUGCCAAAUCGCUAGAGGAGUGAAGCAUAUACAUCACCCACAGCAGCACACAGUUCAUAUCCCCCAUAUGAAUGAAAGUAAUUACAAUUCGAGAGAAAUGCAUCCAAAUGAAGCUUCCCCGGUAUCCCCAGUUGCUUCUGAAUUGACGAAGACACGACGAAAGAAGCGAACACAGGAGGGAAAGACCGUUACAACACCGAACAAGAAGGUUUCAAAAGCUCCAAGGAAGGUCAAAAGAGAGGGUGAAGACUUGAAUAAGGUAAUGGUGGGCAAGGCUCGUGGAAUUGGUAAUGAUCACAAACAGUCAGAUUGGAAAGGCCAAGAUCUGGGAUUGAAUCAGGUAGCCUUUGAUGAAUCUACCAUGCCAGCACCAAUAUGCUCCUGCACGGGAGUUAUAAGACAGUGCUACAAAUGGGGAAAUGGUGGAUGGCAGUCUGCAUGUUGUACUACCACCAUCUCAAUGUAUCCAUUACCGGCAGUUCCCAAUAAACGACAUGCACGACUUGGUGGUCGCAAGAUGAGCGGAAGCGCCUUUAACAAGUUGCUUAACCGCCUCGCAGCUGAAGGCCACGAUCUUUCAGCUCCCGUUGAUCUUAAGAAUAACUGGGCAAAGCAUGGAACAAACCGUUACAUCACCAUAAAGUAGUGACAAGCUUAAUUAUGGAGUAGCCACAAAGAGUAGAAAAAUGGAGGUAAUUGCCAAACUAGUUAGGUGCUACAAUCAUACUUUUUCAAGCAUGGAGAGUCGUGAACUUGACACAGCUACGACCAGCCUUCUGCUGCUCUUCUCAACAUGAGAAUCAUAACCUACUCUCUUUACCGUUACGGUUCAGUUGUGACAGAGUUUAUCCCACUUUCAGCAUAAGAAUAAAGGAUAGAAUAACAUCAAAAAAUGUAAGGAGUUAGUAGCUAUCUCUGCCUUCAGCCUAAAGUUCUGAGCUUCUCUCGCAUUCACCAAGUUUGUUCGAGAGAAAAGACAGUGGCAAGUGCUUCCAAGCCAUGGCAACCUUUUUAUUUUCCUCUUGUUUCUCGUGGCUUUCUUUUAGUAGUUUUCUGUAAAGCCUUAGCAAGAUCCUACUUGCUUGAAAUAACUGUAAAGGUAUGUAUUUAGCAUUAUGCUCAGGGCUGUCCUUGGAUAUUAUACUAUGGCCGUCAUGAUUUUGUAGUCUACCAUCUGGAAUCAACCUUUAAAUAUGUAAUUGUUGUUUAUGCA